CAAGGCUCUGAGAGUAAGGCUGUGGUCUAUACUGGGACUACAGCUAUGGAGGAGCAGGGAAAUGGGAAGAAAUCAGAUAUUGGUCGUAGCAAGUUAGGAUCUGACAUUCAAACCAGGAGUCUAACUUCCUCAUUCAAUCCCGGUAAUGAGGACGACUUUGUGGUGCUCGAGAAGGAUGCGACUUGGAUGUCAUCUGAUGGAGACAUCAUUUUGGGCAGACGGAUAAAGACGGAGAAUCUUCAAUCGCCUAUUAAAAGAAGAGUUGAGGAAGACGCUUCUGCUAGUGGCGUAAACCUUUCACAAACCUCCAGGUAUGCCCCUCAAGAACAGGGUAACGAGAGGAAAAGCAGGAGAAGAUCAGACACACUUCCGGUCGCGACUGACAGCGUGGAAGCACAUGCCGAGACUUCGCCUGAAGCCUGUUUUGAGAGGGAAAUGGGUCAACAUUUGCCUGAAGUGACAGGCAGCAGGUGUCGGCUAAAAGCAGUCGAUCAUGUCGGAGCUGUCCACGCCGGGACAACUGGGAGAGGAAGAGCGGAGAGGGAGCAAAACAUGAACAACCACAGCAAGGGGCACGCUUCUAACAUGGGCGAGGAGCACCUGUCAACACGACAUAGCAGCUUUGUGAAACGAUCAAGCAAGAGCAGUGAGGAUUUAGAAGACAUGCUUGAUGAAGCAGGCCAGUUCCUUACACAUGAUAAAGGAAGACACGAUUCAGAAUUUGUCGCACAAAAAAUACAAGCGGGAGCAGUUCAGUCCCAUCAGAGCAGGUUUGCUGGAGCCGUCGCUACGAGGGCUAAAGCCGGUAGCUUGUGUACCAAGGAAGAGGACGGCAGAGUGCUCUGCAAAGCAGCCGACUAUCACCCCUCUCGCUCUGAAACGCCACCACUACGUGACAAUUCCUCACUUUCAUUGAAACGAUGCAACUCAUUUUCCUUUCCUCCUCUACCAGAGACUGAAGGCUGUGAUGGAAAGAUGCAGGUCGCGAGCAUAACGAGGGAGAGCAAGCUCGUUUGCUUCUCUGCUGUCAUCACCCCUCCACCUUUAACUCAUCUGUUGCCUAAGAGAGGCGCAACCAUGCAGACACAACUCGGUACAAGCAUGGGUAAAUCCCAAAUGGUGGCGGAUGCCUCGUGUGAUUCCAAAGACGAAUCUAUGCCGAAAGAAAAGCUAAAGGUCAAAGGCCCACCUCCGCCUGUGCCCAAGAAACCUAAAAACCCCUUUAUAAAACUCAAAACUGCACAAUUAAAGUCUACUGAUGUGCAAAGAAGAGGCAAAGAUAAUCUGCGUUCCGCGGAAAGGGUCAAGAGGAGACACACUUUUGACUUUUACAAAGAUCUUCCGAGCAACACUCCAACUAAUCAGGACAUGUGCUUGCUGUGGGACCAAAGGGGAGCCUCCACGGCGCCAUUCAACGCACGCCGGCUGUCAGUCGACCUCAGCCCUUGGGAACAACUUUCACUGGGACACAUGGAUGAUCAGUACGGAGCCAUGAUCGACUACGAGUACUGCGUUAGAGUGGCGAAUCUGUCUCCAGAGGAAGAGCCGCACAACUUGGACAUGUUGCAGAGAAGAGAAUUCCUGGAGAGACGAUCCAGAUUUAAAAGCUCGCCUCCUCCUCCUGUCGCGAAAAAGACGUCCACAGAGACUCUUCACAAACCUGAGGUCACACCGAACAAUGAAAUCCAAAGAUUAAAACCUGCUCGCUCAUGGGAAAAAGAAAUCUACCCUGAGCACCGAUCUGAACGAGUCAGCAAUGACAACCAAGGCAACUACGGUCAGCGUAAAGACCACCACAGUAGCAACAGAAAUGCAGGAGGUGGCGGUGAGGUGGGUUCCUACAAGCCCGUGGCGAAAAUCAUCAAAGAAACUAAUCAACUGCAGAGACAUCAGUCCAAGGUCAAACCUGAAGGGGCCAAAGCUCCCGUUCGGGUGGCAGAAGAGGGUCCCAGUGUGAAAGUAUCCCAAAUGAAGAAUGCCUUUGAUGUCCCAAGGAAAUCCAAAGAGAGACCACCGGAAGAACAACAAUUUCCAAAGAAAGAUAUGUUGCGGCGAGUUGUGCGACAGAGCAAGUUCCGCCACGUCUUCGGUCAGGCCGUGAGGAACGACCAGUGCUACGAUGACAUCCGCGUGUCCCGGGUCACAUGGGACAGCUCCUUCUGUGCCGUCAACCCCAAAUUUGUUGCCAUCAUCAUAGACGCCAGCGGGGGAGGAGCCUUUCUUGUACUUCCUCUGCAAAAGUCCGGCCGCAUCGACAAGGUUUACCCGACAGUGUGUGGUCACAAGGGCCCCGUGUUGGACAUCGACUGGUGUCCUCAUAAUGACCUCGUCAUUGCCAGCGGCUCGGAGGACUGCACGGUCAUGGUUUGGCAGAUCCCUGAGAACGGGCUGGGGACUCCCCUCUCGGAGCCCGUGGUCGUGCUGGAGGGCCACUCCAAGAGGGUCGGCAUCGUGUCUUGGCAUCCCACCGCUCGCAACGUUCUCCUCAGCGCAGGGUGCGACAACCAGAUCGUCAUUUGGAAUGUGGGCACGGGAGAGGCCAUGAUCAACCUGGAGGACAUGCACCCUGACGUUAUCUUUAGUGUCAGCUGGAGCCCCAAUGGCAGCCUGCUGUGCACCGCCUGCAAGGACAAGAAGGUCCGUGUCAUCGACCCCCGUAAACAGAAGAUUGUUGCGGAGAAGGACAAAGCUCACGAGGGAGCUCGACCAAUGAGAGCCAUCUUUUUAGCAAACGGAAACAUUUUCACCACUGGAUUCAGCCGCAUGAGCGAGCGCCAGCUGGCUCUGUGGAAGACUGAAAACAUGGAUGAGCCGAUAUGUGUUCAAGAGAUGGACUCCAGUAAUGGAAUUCUGCUGCCCUUCUAUGACCCCGACACCAACGUGGUCUACCUGUGUGGAAAGGGGGACAGCAGCAUCCGGUACUUUGAGAUCACUGAUGAGGCGCCGUUUGUCCACUACCUCAGUACCUUUUCCACCAAGGAGCCCCAGAGAGGCAUGGGGUACAUGCCCAAACGGGGCCUGGAUGUCAACAAGUGUGAAAUUGCAAGGUUUUACAAAUUACACGAGAGGAAAUGUGAACCAAUCAUCAUGACAGUCCCGCGGAAGUCGGAUCUGUUCCAGGACGACCUGUAUCCCGACACAGCCGGCCCCGAUCCCGCCCUGGAGGCGGAGCAGUGGUUCGCCGGAAAGAACGGAGGCCCCCUCCUGAUCUCGCUCAAAGACGGCUACGUCUCCACGAAGGCCCGCGAUCUGAAAGUGGUCAAGACGAACGUCCUGGAAACCAAGCCGGCCACGAAAGCAGAAAACAUCUCGACUGUCCAGAAGCGCGUUCCUCCGCAACCCUCAGUCAAAAUGGAGCGUAAAAUGGAAGAUAAACUAGAAGAGGUACUCCGAGAGUUUAAGUCACUCAGGGACCGCGUCAUCCUCCAAGACCGUCGAAUCGCCAGACUGGAAGACCAGGUUUCCAAGGUUGCCAUGUAAGUUACGGCCAUACUUCCCCGGGACCGUUGGUUGUUUUGGGAAUCGAAUGGACGGGUCGGCCACAGCCAAAAUCCUCACGAUUCGGCUCCAUUGCGCUUGGCGUCGUCCUGCGACGAGACCAAGCCCGACAUUCCAAGACGAACUUAUUUUUUCAUCAAGUCUCCAGUUUCACACAGAGAAAAGGAAAAACUCUCGCAGCUCAUGUACACAUUUGAAGAAAAGACAUUUUUGUUGAAGGAAAAAGUCUUAACUUUUUUUUCUUUCUUUUUUUAAAAAUUGUGGUAAAACAUUCUUAUGUGAAGUUUGUACUUACGACUCAAAAAACUGUACGUAGCAUCAGUAUUUCCAUUGUUAUUUUAUGUGUUGCCAAAUAUGAAUCGUGUGCCGUUUCAUGCGCUGCUUUUACAUUUAUUUUCUCUCCUGUUGUACAUUCCAGUCGCAACCUGGUCGGUUGAUUUUAGUCAAACUGGAUUUUUUUUUUUUACAAUAGCUGUUGAACUGUUUUCCUCCCACCAGUUUGCUCAUUGAUAAGCAUCUGAUUUCUGAAUGUGGAAGAAUUCCUUUUAAGCGUUUCGUUCUUGUUCUUCUGGGCUUGAAAUUUAACAUUUGGUUUUAUGGGGGAGGGGGGGGGGUCGCUGCAUCUCUCUGGUGUAAAUGUUGUGCAAAUGUAGUGGUGCCUCUUGUCACUGUUAAGGGUCAAACUGAAGUCGCCCUCCCAGUGCAUAUUUGGUGUUGGGAAGGGACCACUCGCCCAGCUUGUGUUUCACUGAACCCCUGACAAACAGUUCUGUGCACAUAAUAAAGAAUUUACACAUGAAAA